AUGUCAUUGUCAUCCAUACUCAACGCAGAAGCAUCGACAGGCGCAUCCAAAGACAAUUACGAUAGCACUUGGCGUCGAUUCUCAGCACCCGAUAUAGCCACCUCUCACUCAUCUUCCAUGACUUCGUCCACUACCGCUUCAUCCCCAUCUUCGUCUUCCGACCUGACCAUAAUAAAUUACUAUCAACCUCGCCCAAAAGCUGACCAAUCUGUAAUGACACCGCCACAUACUCCGGGGCUCAAAUCUCCAACAAGCUUUGGGUUUCCAUCGAAUGCGGAUGAUGCGGAGGGAACAGGCCAAAAGGACUCUAGAGGCCACAUGAGACGGAGAUCAUUACCCCAACCACAGCGCCGUCAACAUACCAUACAGUUCCAACAAAAAGUAAGAAGGAAGAGGACCACGCCUGAACAACUGGAAGAUCUGCUGGCAAUGUUUCAACAAACUGAUACACCCAAUUAUGAAAUUAGAGAGAGUUUGGCCAAGAAACUGGGAAUGACUAACAGAGAAGUUCAGGUAUGGUUUCAAAACCGCCGUGCAAAGACGAAUCGUGCGAAAUCAAACGACAACUCCAGCCCAUACCAACACCACCGCUUUCUGCAUCACCACGCGAUCUCUCCAUCUCAAGCUGGAAGUAGCGGACACGCGUCUUCCCCUUCGACUCAUCAUGGUGGAUACACGUUCGUGCCAAUGUUCACCAACGGUUCUCCUUCGUCUUCAUCCACAAAAGGCCGAAGCGCGAGGAGACAUUCGUAUCAACACCCGGGAACUGCAGUUGGAAAAAGAGUUGGAAACAGACCGAGAGCAACAACGAUUAGUGGUGUUAUGCCAGUCGUCGAAAAUAGAAGGAACGAAAUAGGAGUCAAUAGUAUCGAGAAUGCAGCAAGAAUGCAAAUGCAGAGAAGCAACCAGCAAUUGCAGUACAACAAUAAUAACGACCAAUUUUCGCAGGGUAUGCAGCAACAGCAACUACACCAAGGAAAGAUUUCUAUAACGCCAAUCAAGAUUCUCCCACUUACUGCGGCCAAUUCACAACCGACCUCUCCGUCCCUUGCGUUCGCUUCUCUAUAUGCCCAACCGUCUCCGCAAUCACAUCCCACAACUCCACCACGUCAUCUUCAUCCGUCAAUGAAUCUUCCUUAUUCGUCAUUUCCGCAACUAUACGCACCAACCACUAACACCACCACUGCCGCCGCUUCAACUCAGCUUCCUCCAAUCUCUCCGAUCUCACCUGUAACGCCCGAUUCACCAUUCACUUCGAGCGACGUUGCAAUGCCUCUCUUGCCCCGUCCGAGACAACCGAGUGACGGCCAGUGUAAUUCGGGUGUCGUUUUACCUUCGUUCAAAGAUAUUGCUAAUGGAUAUUGUGAGACCCCAGGAGAUGGAUCGAAAACAGAGACUAUGGUGUUGGAGGGAUACGAGGAUGAUUUGUCGAAUGCAAGAGAUGGUAUUGACGUGCUAGCCACGGCCGCAAAAUAUUUGUUAGAUCGCGAACAACUAAAAGGCAAAAGGCAAAAUCUUGCACAGGAUAAAGAUGGCGGCGACGGUGAUGGCCGUGAGGUGUCUGAGCGAUUUGAAGGCGAUGACAACGAAAGUGGUGUUAAUAGUAAUGGUGAUAGCAAUGGUGAUAGCAAUGAUGAUAGCAAUGAUGAUAGCAGUGGUGAUAAAGUAGCAGGAAGCGAACGUACGGAAGGGGAUGCACGGUCAGAAGAGGAAAUGGGCGAUCGCACAGAGAACGGUCACGAUAGUCAAAGCGAAAAGUCGGACAUGGUUCGUCUUCCGGAUGGCAAACGUCCGUCUAGACCUUGGCUGUUGUGA